AUGACGGAGACCUUGUUGGUCGCCGGCAGCAACUCGGGCUAUCAAUUGGGCGUCGAUCACAACGAAGACGUGAGGACGUGGCAAGAGGCGCUCUGUCGCAUCGAUGAUGGCUCGCAAGAAACUGUAAGCUUUCCUCCCGUCGGAUACAGCAUCGUUGACAUCUCGUCGGGUGCCAAUCACACACUCGCUCUGUUGCAAUGCAAAAUGGUCGGUUGUGAGGCUUCGAAGGCUGGCACGUCAAAAGAGGUAUGGGUCGCUGGCACUGGGACACACGGGCAACUCGGGCCCGCUCACUUGGCACCAGGAAGCAAACCAGUGCGCGUUUUCACUCGAUUCGACCUCAAAUCUUGUCUCCUAAGCUGUGUGAACCUGGAACGCUCUGAUCUAUCGGAAGCCUUGCUCGAACCGAAGAGGGUCGUUUGCGGCUGGAAUUGCAGCUAUGUAGUCAUUGCAUGCAACAGGACUAGCGACUCGGACGCUUCAGGACACGAUGUCUUACUUUCUAUCGGCUUGCAUCGCGAAAACACCUUUGGUGAGCUAGGAUGUGUUGGCGCACCUUCAUCGGAUACUGUCGAUUUGGGCGUGCACCAGGUAUCGUUCUCUAGUGCACUGGCUGAAGCAGGGCUCGCCACCAACGCGCCUGUUGCGAUCGUCGACGUAGCGGCAGGGUUAAGGCAUGCCGUAGCAGCCCUCAUAGUCAGCGCAGAUGGCGCUGAUCAAAGACGCCUCAUCGUGGCUGGCUGGGGUUCUGCCCGUCAUGGCCAGGUGGGCCGUAUCCCAGGGUCCACCAAGCGUCCGGGUAGGUCGAAGCGACCCGGCUGCGUUGCUGCUGCCGUCGUUCAGGAGCCUCAGGUCAUCUUCGACUGGAGCAUUCGAGAUCCUCGCAACACUUCAUGUAAGCUGCGAGCAGGCAGAGAUCACACGGUGGUCUUGAUGCAGGAUGAUAGCCAUGAUCAACAGACCGGUCUGUAUUGCAUCGGAUCGAACAGACAAGGCCAGUUGCUGGAUGUGUCUCUGUUGCAGAACCAUGCAACAACGCUCAGCGAGAUCACGCAAGUCUCUUGCAAUUGGAACAGCACGCAUUUGCUCAUCGAGCGCAAGAAAGGCGGCUCGUUGAUCCUAGGCUGCGGAAGCAACAGUCAGGGUCAGUUGGGCGGCACCAUGAAUGAGGAUCAGCUCGUCUCUGCCGAUCUCACAAUGAUCUUAGGGAUAUCGCCUACACAAGCAUCGCAUGCGUCCAAGUCUUGUUGUCGCACGAGCACUCUUCAGAAGUUGGCCUCGGGCAGCGAGCAUUCGAUACUUCUCAUAGAGAGUUGCUCUGCCGCCACUGACACAUCAGCAGACGAAAUACAUAGUCCGCCUAUCGUGCAGCGGCAGGUGUGGGGAUGGGGAUGGAAUGAGCACGGCAAUCUGGCGCAGGGUUUGCACGACGAAGCGGACCGUUACCGUCCAACGCUGUUGCUUAGCGGAACGCGGUCCGGUGCCGCCGAUCAGCAAACUGGCUGCACUCCCCUAGACGUGUGGGCUGGCUGCGGAACCAGCUUUGUUCUUGUCGAGACUACGAACAAAAACUUCAGACCCGCCUCGGGCUGA